CCUGAUUGUGAUCCCAUAAUAUCACAGACUUAGCAAAAUCAACUUUGAUUUCAACUGCAGCAGUAGGUAAAGGAAGAUAAGGCCCCAGACCAUAGCAUGUUUUAUACAUAUUUAUACAUGUAUGUGUGUCUGUGUAUAUACAUAUAUAUUUGGUUAUACAAACAUGAAUUUCCAUUAAUAUCCCUCCUACUACAUUCCCUUGUCAAAGGAAAUUCCCCAGUUCAGAAGCUGGACUCCAUGAUCCUUGGGAAUCCCUUUCAACUCAGUGUAUUCUGUGAUCUGAUGAAAUUGAAUGUAGAAAAAGGAAAAUUCCCUUCACCUAAGACAUUAUAAAUUUGAUUGGUUUGAAAUAAUUUAGGUAAUUGUCUUGCAAAGAUAAGUAACAUAAUGGUCUACCCCACAUACUGGUGCAUUCUUUACACAUUCAGCACGAUUUGUACAGCAGAGGUUGUCAGCAGUGAAGUUGGAUGCCUACUAUAGAAAGCUGUUUCCAGAGGGCAGGUGGCAGCAGAAAGGGUUAAUGCAGUCCUGGCCUGUCUCUGAUGGAGGAAUGGGGACUGAGAGUGGGUGAUAGCAGAUGGGAGGCUCGGUGCUACCCUUCCACUGCGUGUCUCAAACUGAGCCAAGCAGGUUGCCUCCCCCACCUUCUCCAUCAGGGUCAAAGCUGCUGCCCCACAGCCCGAUCUGGCUGUCCCUUGUAAACCCACUCUGCUCCUCUGGGAAAGCACACAGUCGGUUGUAGUGGGCUGAAGGGUGACUGAUGGAUCUACAGUCCUCUCCACUCCAUCCCUGCAUGACAGAACCUCAAUAAACGCUCCAUUCCAGCUUUCCCAUUCUUUUCCAGCUGAAAAAACAGACCCCUCAACAUCCAUCAUCAACAUCCCCCCCAGUUCAGGUAUCAGCUCUCAGAUCUACACAGUGGGCGUCAUCACCUGGCACCACCUUAUCCUCCUGCCGUGAGGUGCCUUCUGCAGAAAGACAUUCACCAAUGUCAAACUCAGCUGGUCCCAACCGUAGUAACGCCAAAAGAAAAAAAAAAUUAAAAGGGGGGAAAAAAGGUCAAAAAGUCUCCAAACCCAAAAAAAGAAACAUCUUCCAAACUGUUCUGCGAAGGGCGACACCUCCCUGGGCGUUACUGGACGGCAGCCGCAGGCCAGCGAAGCCGGGGAUGGCGCGGAGCAGCCCCGGGUGAGGCUCAGCCUCCCCGGCAGCCGCGGCCCCGCGCCGCUCCUCGCUCCUCAGCGCGGCGGGGCAGGGCGGCGUUGUUGGACGGUGGAACUGCCCGCCGCCGGAGCGCCGGCUCCCUUCUUCUUUUUCUUCUUCUUCUUUUUUUUCCUUCCCUUCCUUUCCCGCCGCCGGCCCCGCGGUGCCUCCCGGCGCGGGCGCGCGGUGCGCUCGUUACCUGGCGCUCGGCGGCGGCUCCUUCCUCACCUGUGCGCGCCUCUGCCAAUGGCAGCGCACCUGGCGGCCGCGCCGCCCAAUCAGCGUGCGGCUCGCCCCUCUCCCCGCUCCUUUAGUGAAAGAAUCCAGCGCCGCUCGGGAAAGUUACCUGUGCGCGCCCGGCCCGGCCGCUCUCCCGUGCCGAGCCCCGCCGGCGCCCCAGCCCCGCCGCUCCCCACAUGCCAGGGGGAGGGGGCUCUACCUGUCCUGCCUCGGCGGCUGGCUGCGGAGCCGGGAGAGGGGGGCAAGGAAAGCAGAAUUACCAGUAGCUCUGGUUCUGCCGUCCCGGGCGUUCACACGCACACCUUCACCUGCACAGACCUGAAAGUCCAGUUCCGCCAGGCAGACGGAGGCACCGGGAAAAGGGGAGAGAGUUCAUUGGAUCAAACAUGUCACAAGAGACGGACAACAACAAUAUGGCAAACGUGUAAGCUACUGAGGCUGGAGAUUAAUGCUCUUCAUCCCCUGCUCUGUGUAGUGCUGCUGCUGUUACCACUGUGAGGAACUUAAGAGCAGUGCAGAGCAUGCAACCUCAAGUAACAGCACUUGCUCCAUUGCAGUAACAAGCGACUUGUGGCCUUAGUGCCAAAUGACACUUCAUUCAACACCAGACGAGCCUACACCAGUGAAGAUGAAGCCUGGAAGUCGUAUUUGGAGAAUCCCCUAACAGCAGCUACCAAGGCUAUGAUGAGCAUAAAUGGUGAUGAGGACAGUGCUGCUGCUCUUGGCCUAUUGUAUGACUAUUAUAAAGUUCCCAGAGAUAAAAGGCUGUUGUCUGUUAACAAAGUGAGUGAUAAUCAAGAAGACCAAGAUAAAAGAAAUUGUCUUAAUACCACGGAAUCUCAGAAUAACUUAAGUGGGGGAGAGAACCGUGUGCAAGUCCUGAAGACAGUGCCAGUUAACCUUUCCUUGAACCAGGAUCCUUUGGAGUCAUCCAAAAGGGAAUACAACACAAAUGUGUCUGGGAGCUCAACGCCCAUCACAGGGUCCACAGUGACUGUGGUUAAAGCAGAGGAAUUCACCCCUGUUUUUAUGACCCCACAAACACACUAUGCAAGAGGAGAAAAUGAGGAGCACCGAGGAGUUAUCUUUGAACCAUAUGAAGUGUCCAGCAUUGCUCCCCACACAAAUUAUCUUAAAGAUGAUCAGCGUAGUACUCCUGACAGUACCUACAGUGACACCUUCAAAGAUGGAGGAACAGAAAAGUAUCGGAGUGUGUCAGUGGGGGCUGAAGAAUAUAUUUAUGAACAAACAAGCAGCACUUUUCAGUAUACACUAGAAGCCACCAAGUCUCUGCGUCAGAAGCAAGGGGAGGGACCCAUGACCUACUUGAACAAAGGACAGUUCUAUGCCAUCACCCUGAGCGAGACGGGGGACAACAAAUGCUUCCGGCAUCCCAUCAGCAAAGUCAGGAGUGUGGUCAUGGUUGUUUUCAGUGAGGAUAAAAACAGAGAUGAACAGCUGAAAUAUUGGAAGUACUGGCAUUCCCGGCAGCACACAGCUAAACAGAGAGUCCUUGACAUUGCUGAUUACAAGGAGAGUUUUAAUACCAUUGGGAAUAUUGAAGAAAUUGCAUUCAAUGCUGUGUCCUUUACUUGGGAUGUCAACGAGGAGGCAAAGAUUUUCAUCACAGUGAAUUGCUUGAGCACAGACUUCUCCUCACAAAAAGGAGUAAAAGGGCUUCCUUUGAUGAUUCAGAUCGACACUUACAGCUACAACAACCGCAGCAAUAAACCUAUCCACCGAGCCUACUGCCAGAUCAAGGUUUUUUGUGACAAGGGAGCAGAAAGGAAAAUCCGAGAUGAAGAGAGAAAGCAGAACAGGAAGAAAGGCAAAGGCCAGGCAUCCCAAGCCUCAUGUAAUAAUGCAGCUGAAGGGAAGUUGAGUGCACUCCCUCUGCAGAAAAAGAGUGAUAUCACCUUCUUCAAAACAAUGGCUGACCUGGAUUCCCAGCCUGUUCUCUUCAUACCUGAUGUUCACUUUGGAAACCUACAAAGAACUGGACAGGUUUACUAUAAUACAGAUGACGAGAGAGAAGGUAGCAGUGUUCUGGUCAAAAGGAUUUUUCGGCCUGUGGAGGAAGAGUUUGGUCCCUCCCCUUUGAAACAAAUCAAAGAAGAAGGUCUGAAGAGAGUGCUUUUGUAUGUGAGGAAGGAGACAGAUGAGGUGUUUGAUGCUUUGAUGCUGAAAUCACCAACAGUAAAGGGGCUAAUGGAAGCUAUCUCUGAGAAAUACGGGCUGCCAGUUGAAAAGAUUGCAAAACUUUAUAAGAAGAGCAAAAAGGGUAUCCUGGUAAACAUGGAUGACAACAUUAUUGAGCACUACUCCAACGAGGACACAUUCAUCCUGAACAUGGAGAGCAUGGUUGAAGGCUUCAAGAUCACACUGACAGAGAUCUAGCUUCAGGCAGAGCCUUUCUGUAAGGAACCACAGCAUUUCAUCCUUCUUGGAAACCAGAUUCCCCAUGAAGUUGACAGACAUUGAUUAGAGAAACUGUUACAAGACUGCAUUGAAAAUAUUGUCCAUUCUGCACAUGUGCACCCACUGCAGAUAGACUUGGGUUUGUCAAGCACAAGACCACAUGAACCUGGUCCCUUAUUUAUUGUUCCCUACUCACUAGUGUUCAAACAGUUACCAGCCCCAAGAUUUGUAACCAGAUGAUCCACUGCAAAUGUGAAAUGCAGCAUUUUUAUCCAUACUCAGUGUGGAUAAGCUUAUUCUAAAGCAUGUUCUGUAACUAUGCUGGUUUAAUUUCAGAAAUCUGAUAUGAAUCACUUUACCAGUAGUUGUUUCUGUCAUUGCUAAAAAUCUGUUGCAGUGCUAAAGAUGGGCAAAGUGGCUGACAGUUCACUUGCUCAGACUGAUCCAUAUAUCUUUAUACUGUAUAGUCUUGCCAAAUACCUCUGGUAGUUCUCAGCACGUAGCAAUGAGGACUUGUAAGUAUGGCAUUCAUCUACAAAUGUCACUUGUAAGUAAAUGGUAAAGAAACCAUUUUAACCUUGUAUAUAAUGUUUAUAAUAUGCAAUAAUAUAUUUUAACUACUGUAUGUGGGCAUGUUUACUGCCACUAUGUUUUUAUAUGUAUUUGGUUUAGGGCUUAAUAGAAUCUUUCCUAGAGGAUUAAAUUGCUGCAAUCUGUUAAGGAGUGUGUACUGAGAAGCUGAUAACUGAAUCUGUACUCAUAUGCUCCAUGCUUGCUCACACAGUUAUAUAUUGAAAUAUUAGAGCAGACUCUGCUUCUGGAUCUUGGAUUCUCUGGAACAAUGGAGCCCACUUAGGUACCCAAGUCCCAGCUGUAGAUACCUGAGUCUCCCACCCAGCUGUAACAAAAUCCAAGAGAUGCUGCAUGUCUGCUGCCUGGUUUGCCUAGAGGUGCAGAAGGGACUUCUUCCUGGUUGUCUUCCUUUGAUGAAAUAGAAGCUCCUAAAGUGGCCUUUUCUCAAACCUGUGGUGGGAAGGUUCUUUCUGCAGCAGUCUGUGCAUCAAAGCAUUCCUCUAGACUGUAAGAAACAGGACUUCAGACUCUUCCUUUUAAGUGUAUUUGCUCUCGUAUUUCCAUUGAAUGAUUCUGUUGUGAUUCCCAGGACACUUGGGUGAUAUAUAAACCUGGGCUUGAUGUAAAUAUUUUGCCAAAACUGGAACAAUUUUUUUCCAGUGGAGACUGAAUAUCUCACAGCUGAGGUGUGAAGAUUGGUCUCUCUCUCAAGGGCUGCAUCUGAACCCAAGGUGAACUACGUGAUUAUUCCAUUAAAUUCCACACCCAUCUUACGAAUCCUGUGAAGAGAUAAAGUUGUGCAGGCUAAAAUCAUACCAGGAAAGGGGUUCAAGGCCUGAAUGUCUAUGACAUCCAAACCCAGCACCUCUCUCUCUCCAUUCCAGCUCCUCUGGCUGUUGUAAAGAGCUACUCACUUAGCAUAUAAUUCCGUGAGUUUCAGUUGCAUUUUAUUCUGUAUUCACUGCACAUGUGUCCUGUGUGACAGACAGAAAUGUGGGUCCUUUCCUACAUGCAGUCUUUAUUCUUUUCCUUCUAAAACCUUUUCUCUUUAGUCACACAACCUUUAUUAUUUGGUGGUUAGUUUAACAGGGCUUAUGUAGUAUUUUGAGCUGUGUGGAGCUAUUUACAUCAAGCAAAGUAGCUGGGAUAACUUAGCAGUCUGAUUUGGCCAUAUCUGCAUGAAUUGUCCUGUAAGUUCUUUCACACUUUCUUAACUUUAUUAGCAGUAGCAUCCCAUUAAAAUAUCUUCCUUUAAUGUAUAUGUUAGGUACAUGUCAAGGUUUCUGUGGGACCAGAAACUGUAAAAGGUUCAGGCUGGUAGCAUCAGUGCUAACAUACCCAGAAUCUACAUAUGCUUGUAAAGCAAAGAGUGUAUUCUGUCUUUCUCCUGGCCUUUUCUUUUGUCAUGCACUCUUUCCCCUUCUGGUGCAGAGUUCUGUUGUAAUUUCCUUAACUUCAUAUAAAAAUGCACUCCAGCAAAGAUGCUCUUGCUACCCUGCUCAAGAGCAAACAUCCUGGGAAUACAAGAGAUUUAUCAUGGUUCAGUUUGUUUCUAUUUGGCUCAGACUGAGAUAAAAAGUCUUUGCUGACUUAUCCCAGAUAUUUUUUUCUUAAAGAAAAAAAAGGACAAUUUGGACAGGAGGCAUUAGGAACUGGGACCAGCACAUUGGACUGGUGAGCAAUACUGUUAUUUCUUGUAUUUCUCUGUUGGUGUCUCUUAGCUGGUCAAGAUAUCUGGACAGAAGCUUCAGGUGAAGCAAAGGAGUAAAUAUAUGCAGAAAUUGACCCUGGCUCUGCUCCCAACAAACCUGCUGUCCAAGGGAAUGCCUGUGGCACCUGGGGCUGGCCUGGGUUGGAAUGUGCUGCAUUGAGAAAGGCCAGUGAGAAUUUAGGGAUCAUGGAGAAGGACAGGCUGUCCUGGCAGCACCAGCAUUUAGGUUAAGGGGGUGGUUUGUCUUACAUUUGGGUCGAGAUGAGCUGAGAUCUGUUGGGUGCUGCAGCAUCCUGUGAUGAGGAGCAGAGUAGGAUCAGAGAGAAGUACAAUGCUCCAAGAAUACUGGGGCUUAAAGACAUAUCUUUCCAUUGUCAUUUUAGGAGCUUUCAGUCAGCCACUGUCCAGAAAAGGAAAGUUGCUUCUAAGAUUAACUGAAAGCCAUUCUAAAUACAUCUUAAAGUGUGCAAAUUCCUGGUAGUGGAAAGCUGAUUCCUGCCCUUAGUUCCUUCUUACUUCUCAAUGAAGUUAUCAGGAAGGGUGGCUAGAUUGGUGAUAAGAUUAUUUUAAAACAACAACUAGAGCUAGGUAAGGAUGGUUGCCCUUAACUUAUCUGCCAGGGUCUGAGGGCUUUGUUUCUCUGCUCCAGAGGCAGGUGCAUCACAAGCACUAAGGCUGAGUAUCCAUGCCACACCUCUUCAGUUGUUAUAGCAGCAGCUGCUGGAGGAGCACUGACUCUUGGAUCCUGGUUGAGGCAAGCUGUGAGCUCUCAGGGUUCACCUUGCUGCUCAAAUCAGCCCAUCAGAGUGGUGGGGAAGGGGCAGUAUGAGUAAAACAAACUUCUGAAGCAGCAGUGGCUGCCUUGUGUCCUGCUUGACUCAAAUGUCCUGAGGAGUACAUAGUGCUUACAUGUGUAUUGUUUAAAAUAUGCAUGCUGCUUCUCUUUGAUAAAAAAUAUUGAUUAAUGCUGGAUCUUCCAAAUAUUAUGAGUUAAAUGGAAGUAGGAUUUGGCUACUGUUCAGCAGGGAACAGGAAUAUCUGCCUCACCUCCUUUUGUCUCUUUGUGGCACUGCUGUGGUUGUUUAUUUAAAGGAACAAAAUUCUCAUUUCCUUUUCUUCUUCAAGACAGCAGUUUUGAUUCUUAACUAGUGCAGCCUGAAGAGUGGCUUGCUGCUCAGUGCAUUUUCCCUAUGAAGAGUUAUAGCACUGCAGUGUCUGUAGAUGCUGUUUUGAAAGACUCUGAAAGAGAGGUACAAAAAGGAGAACAUACUUCUAAUUUUGGUUCCUGCUGCAGAUUUGGCACUUUGUCCGUCCAUUUGAUGUUCUAUUAUGAAAUCCCAUUCAAAUUCUAGUUCUUUCUCACAGUCAGGUGCUGAUAUCCCCAAAAUAAAGUGCAUCCUUUGAGUGAAGCUUUGUGGAUGCACGGUGAUAACUCCAUCAAGACAUUUUGGAGGAUUAUUACCACUGACUGUAAACAACAAAGAAAAUAAUGUUUUUUCCUGUGUGUCCUCUCUCACAAAGUUUUUGGUCAAUGGAAUUCAGAGAUCAAAUAUCUUUCUUAUAUAUUUUUCUCUUUCAUUCUAUGAAUUGUUUAAAUGUAAAUUAAUUCAAACAAUUAGUAAAAUCUAAACUCUCUAGCUGUUGGAGAUGCUGUAUAUUGUUUGAAGUUGAACUGGAAAGAAGUAUCUUAUUACUUAUAAAAUGUAAAGCUUAUUAAAUGUUUAUAUGCUCUUCCAUUUCCUAUUAAUUGAGACAAGAUACAAACAAGAAUGUUUGUGCCAAAGAUUGUGACAAGCCGUCUUACUGGCAAACAAGGAAACAAUGUAUAAAUAGUGUGCUUUUAUAUUAAGAAUAUAGCUCAUGUAACUUAAUAGUGUUGCAACUGGGAGAGGGGUUUGAUAAGCUGUAAAUACAGGUAUUUUAUUUUUUGUACAUUUUUAAGAAGGAAAAAAAUAAAUAUUCCUAUGUAUGACAUAAUA